AAUUUACACAUUUUUUUAAAUUAGAAAAAAUUGAAGUGUAUAUAUGUUUAUAAACUAAAUAUAAAAAAAAGAGAAAAUACAAUCAAAUAAACAGAAAAAAAGUCAUAUGUAGUGGAGGGAAAAAAGGAAUUAUGGAACUUUUCCAUAAUAUAUAUCUAAUCGCAGCACUAUUUCUAUACGUCCGUUGUUGUCCUAAAAACUGCCUGUGUGUAACUCAAACGUUGCCAUCAUCAUACUGUGACGGAGGAAAACUUACGGCUGUUGCUAAGAACAUUGCCGGAAAUACAGAAAUAUUAUCGCUUCAACUAAAUGAAAUUAAAAAUAUAACCGAUCUUGAUUUUAAACAUUUACCUCGUUUAAAAAGACUUAAUUUACAGUUCAAUCACAUUGAACAUAUAUCUGAUGACGCAUUUGCGGACCAAAGACACCUCCGGUCUCUAAACUUGGGACAUAAUAAUUUAAAAGUAUUAUCACCGAAGGUUUUUCGAAAUCUUAUAUCAUUAGAGGAACUUUAUUUAAACAAUAAUUUAUUACAAAUAUUAACUAAUGAACACUUUUCAUAUCUAUCAAGUUUGAAAAGGUUAUACUUACAGUGGAACAGUUUACAGACUCUAGACCACAACACUUUUUUACAUAGUUCGAGUUUAGAACUAAUAAAUUUGUCUCACAACAAACUUGAAGAAAUCAAUAACCAUAUAUUUAAAAAUAUGAUAAAACUGAAGUCACUUAUUUUAGACAACAAUGCAAUAAGAAAUAUUGAGCCAGAGGCUUUUCAAAAUCUUUUAGAGUUGCUGGAAGUUACGUUGGAAAAUAAUUUAUUAACAACACUUAAUGUAAAUCAUUUUAUUGCCAAAAAAAAACUAAGUAAAGUAAGUUUCUUUAAUAACCCUUUUCAAUGUAAUUGUAAAAUUUAUUGGAUGUACGAAGCUGUAAACAAUGGCUGGUCUAACAUUAUAAAUCUAGAAAAACUAACUUGUAACCACUCUUGGGAAAACAAAACUAGAAAUAUAAUCGAGCUUAAAAGUGAACAAUUUACCUGCCAUGGUUCUUGGGGUGAAUGGGAAAAUUGGUCUAGCUGUAAUAAACCUUGUAGUAAUCAAAUGAGGUACAGAACACGGUUAUGCUAUACAAAUGCGAGAUCAGAAUACACAGGACUGUGCGAAGGAGAUGCCACAGAAUUAGAAAGAUGCAGUUCAUCUUGUACAUAUGGAGUUUUAACAAAUUGGGAAGAAUGGAAUGAAUGUUCAACUUUGUCAAAAAAUGUUUAUCAAAUCCGAAAAAGAUUUUGUUUUGACCCUUUGACUAACUUUGAAACAACAGGAUGCACAGAGCCUCUUGUUGAAAAACGACUAUGCAUUAAAACUUUAUCUUUUGAAGAAACCUCUUGGAACAACUGGAGUUCUUGGUCAACUUGUGAUAAAGAAUGCGGAUUAGGAAUAAAAACAAGAGAACGCGUAUGCGUAAGAUCAGUUUUAAAAACUAAAAAACGCACGUGCAACGAAAAUGAAGUUCAGGUACAAGAGAAUACGUGUUUUAAUGCUUUGUGUCCUACGAUGACGCAAUGGACAGAAUGGUACUCUAUUUCUAAUUGUUCUGCUACGUGUGGAAAAGGAGUUCUUAAAAAAACUCGCAGUUGUCAAAACAUUUUGAAUUUAACCGUUAAUGCGCAAGACUUUUGUCUCGGUGAAAACUACAAAUUUGUCGAAUGCUACGGUAAUCAUGAACUAUGCACAAUGAAAGGCAGUUGGUCGCAAUGGUCUUUAUGGAGCACAUGUGACACGUUUUCUUGCAAACAGUACAGAUCAAGAAAAUGCUAUUCCCAUUUUGUUGGGAAUGAUGUGCAAAAUUGCAGUGGAGUUCAUGAAGAAGAACAGACUUGUGCUUCACUUUUCCCGUGCUCUGCAUGGAAUGCUUGGCAGCAGUGGUCACAAUGUUCGCAUUCUUGCGAUUUAGGAUACAGAAAAAGGAAGAGGUUGUGCAUUAAUCUGAACGCUAUUAACUUAAAAUGUAUAGAAGAAGGUGUUAACUUAAUAGAAGAAAAGAAUGAAGAAAUUGAGGAAUGUAAACUACCUAAAUGUUUUGUAGCGAAAUGGGGAACAUGGGGAAAUUGGUCAGAGUGUACAUCUCGAGGUAGAGAGUUAAGAACGCGUCAAUGUUUAGAAGAAAAUGAUUUUAGUCAAUGUGAAGGGCCAGAAAAAGAAAAGCGACCUUGUAAGUUUGAAAAAGUAGAGAGCAAACAAAAAGAAAUGGUAAUUACGAAGAAAACAACAAUUUGUGUACCAAGAUACAGCAUUCCAAAUGGGAAAGAAAUCGUUAAAACAAUUCCAAACGGAAUAAAAGCUUUUUAUUCAUGCAACAAAUAUUACAGAUUAAAAGGUAGCAAGUCUGAAAUGAGCUGUAUUAAUGGAAUAGGUUGGGAGGAAAAUGAUUCACCAUACUGCGUACCUAUAUGUGGCAAACCACAACAUAAAUCGAUUAGAAACUCCAUUAAACGAGCCAGACUUCUUGGUGGUUUACCUUCCGUUGCACAUAGCUGGCCAUGGCAAGUUGCUAUAGAGGUUCAAACGCGAAAAUUUGGUUGGAAACUUUAUUGUGGUGGAAGUCUGCUUCAUGAUAAGUGGAUUGUAACUGCAGGGCAUUGUUUAUUUGAUGAGGACACUAGAAGGCGUUAUAAAAAAACUGAGCUUCAAGUUUUUCUUGGUAUUCAUAAUAUUUCUAAAAGAUAUGAAGAUCCUGACCUUAUUUUUAGUGUUGAAUAUACAGCAGUUCAUCCGAAAUUUAAUUUUGAUUCUUUGGAAAACGAUAUUGGUUUGAUUGAGUUAAAAGAAAAGGCUAAACUAUCAGACAAAAUUCUUCCAAUUUGUCUUCCAACAAGCGAACAAAGAUUUUUAUCAAGAAUCGGACAAAUUGGAACCGUUAUUGGUUGGGGCAAAACAACAAGUGGCGAACCGUCAGAACUACUGAAAGAGCUUAACAUUCCGGUGGUUUCAAGAAAUGAUUGCAUAAAUGCAUACAAAAAUAAAUAUAAUAUAACGGAAAGUAUGUUUUGCGCUGGUAAUAAAUUAACAAAUGAAGACACUUGUAAAGGAGACAGUGGCGGAGGCUAUAUAUUCCGAGAUAGCCUUAAAAAUAAGUGGACACUCCAAGGUAUUGUUUCAUGGGGAUACACAACAUGUGGAAAUGCCGGAAUGUUUAGCGUCUAUACAAAAGUAUACAACUUCACUACAUGGAUACGUUUAAUUAUUAACAGUAAACUUAGCACUUAAAUUUGGAAAAGAAUUUAACUGAUAAAAUAAAAUAAGUAAA